AUGUCGCGCUUCUUCCCCCACCCUCCCUACGCAGAGGACCAGCCCCUCCACCACACAAUCCUCACCAUCCACGUCCUCACCCGCGGCUUCACCGCCGGCGCCAUCGUCGGCUCCCUCGUCUCCGCCUCCCGCCACGUCCUCUCCCCAGCCCGCCGCCAGCAAGGGCUCGCCCGCCUCGCCCCGCGCCUCCUCGGUGCCUCCUCCACCGGCGCCCUCGUCGGCGUCGGCCUCUCCGCUCUGGCCACCGCGGGCCGCAUGUACGGCCGCGAGGAGAUCGAGUGGCGCGACCGCAGCUGGCGGCUCCUCGAGAACGAGGGCCAGCUCGAGACGGACGACUGGACGUACGCGGGCGUGGUGGCUGGGCCCGCGGUGCUGGCUGCCACGAGGGGAGCGGCGAUCGGGGGAUGGAAGGCGGUCGUGGGAGCCAGCGGGCUGGGGAGCAUAGCAGGCAUGCUGGGGUAUAUGACCUGGCGGUAUGGCAUCAACGGGGGCAAGUUCCCCAAGUCGGCUGUUGCAAAAUAG